CCAGAUGUGACCCAGAUGGAGAGUGAUCCUCAGCAGCAUCAGCGCCAGAAGCAAACCCCCAACAAAAGCAUCCAGCAGGGUCAGGGGAAGCAGCAGGGAUACCGCAGCGGGGACAGACAGCACCAUGAAGGGGAAGAGAACCUCCUCCUGGAGGGGAGCAGCCGAGAAGAGGAGCUACAUCAGCAAUACCAGCUGAGCCAGUCAGAGGAGGAGGAGGAGGAGCGGAUGGAUGCCAGCCUGGGAUCAGACAGCAACAGUAGCAACAACCCUCCUCCGACUGGGGCCAGCUCCCAGUUUAAUCAUUAUUAUGGGAAUGGAAGAGGAGGGCCUUGCUUCGAUCAACAUGGCGGACAACAAAGCCCAGGGACUGGGGUAACAGCAGCAGCACACACGGUACACGGCACCAUGGACCAGGUCCACAACUCCCACGAAGGCUACAGCAACAACAGCCCGUACAACCACUAUCCGAACUACCGAGCGGGCUACGGGAGCGGCGGUUACGGGGGUAUGAUGAGCCCCUCACGGCAGGGGAACAACCUGAUGGGCCCGGCCGCUGCUAACCCGGCCAAAGCUGUUAUGGCUGCCGCCAGUUCUCCGGCUGCAAGCGGAGGAGGAUUUCAGCGGUUUCCCGGACAGGGUCAGCAGCACCCUUCAGGGGCUACGCCGACUUUAAACCAGUUAUUAACUUCCCCGAGCCCGAUGAUGCGCGGCUACGGAGGCGGAUAUUCAGAUUACAGCAAUCCCGCCGCACAGCAGCACCAAUCGGCCGUGGGGCCGGCGGAAGACACGGGCUCCCAGUACGGCUCAGCUGUAGCUCAUGGUUGGGGAGGACAACAGAGGAGUCACCCGGGGAACAACGGACCGAGCAGCGGCAGAUCUCAGGUGCCGCCUAUGGACCCGAUGGCGAUGAAGCGCUCUCAGCUCUAUGGAAUGGGCAAUAGCCCAUAUUCCCAGCAGCAGGGGGCGCCGUAUCCCGGACAACCAUACAGUUCCCCAUCCCCCCAACGAUACCCAAUGGGAAUGUCUGGCAGGGGGCAGAUGGGAAUGGGUAGGAUACAUUACCCUCAGCAGCAGAUGGGGUCUCAGUACAGCCCACAGCAGCAGAACCUGAGCAGUUACGGUCACCCGGGUCAGCCGCCGUACUUCAGCCCCCCACAGCAGCAGCCGGCCGCCCCCAGCCAGCCAGCAUACAUGCAGCCCUGCCCGCUGCCGCCGCAGGAGGUGCCUCAGGAGGCGUAUGGUGGGCGGGGCAAGUCUGCAGCUAUGACUCCUGGGAAACCGAGCCUCGAAGACAUGAGUCUGAGCCAGCAGGAGAGACCAUCCAGUCUGCCGGAUCUUUCCCGCUCCAUCGAAGACCUUCUCACCGGCACAGAGGCGGCAGUGAGUUCAGGGGCCUCUGGUUCAGGCAGCACUCGAGGAGAUCAGGCGACUCCAGGGGCCCGCUCACCUUUCUCCCCCCACGUCUCACCACGUCUCCCCCCUCUGGCUCGAACAGGGCCCUCUCCCUCCCCGUCGCUGUCCCCAGCCGGAUCCCGUUCAGGGCCCCUGUCCCCCACCAGUACCAACGGGCCAGGGUCUCAAGUGGCCCCUCAGGUCUCUGGUCCCGGAUCAGAUGCUGGUCCUCAUUCCUCGCUGCCAGCCAUGACUCCAGACAGAGGUUUCCCUCCCUCCAUGCACCGCAGCACCCAGGGUUCCCAUUUUGGUCCCUCACCCAUGUCCACCCACCCAGCACCAGUGGGUCCCAUGCACCACAGCUCCUACCAGCAGGGCAGCCACUCUUAUGGUCCCCCAGGUAACUACACCCGACCCCCCCACUACGGUGGGAUCCCUGCUGCCGGCUACAGCGGCCCGGGGCCCAGCCUGGCCAAUAACAUGGGGCUGAACACUACUGGCCCCAUGCAUGGUCAGGGCCCCUCAACUCCCUCAGGCCGUGGCCCCGGACCUGGGGCUGGGGGCCGCCCCUACACUGCUGGAUCUAGCACUGUGGCCCCCACCUCCCCAAACAUGCCGCAAGCUGCUGGCCAGGGCAUGGGGCCCCCUGGGCCCACUACCAGCUGCAAGCCAUCUGAGAUGGUCCCCAACUCUGGACCAAGUGCCAACUCCUCACUUACAACUCAUAGCAGGCAGGCCAGCUACUCAACAAUGACCCUGAUGGGAGGUUCUGGAGGACCUUACAGCCUGCAGCCCGCCAGCAACUCUGGCAGGAUGACCCCUCAGGGACCCCCUUACACCUCUCCAGGCUUAGGGAUGAUGGCGACAGACGGGAUGGGCCCUCAUGGAGAACCAAAGCAGCGAAUUGAGCUCAGCAGAGAGGGUGUCGGUCCAGCUGCCGAUCCAGCCAAAAUGAAGCAGGACAGCUACAGCUCUCAGAGUGUGUUGCCGCCGCCCGUCGCCCCCUGUCCUGUGUCCCCCAGCUCAGCUAGUGUGUCCUCCUGUGUGGGCGAGGACAAUGAUAGCAUUAGCAGCCCUGCCUGGCUCAGGACUCCGCCCAGCCCCAAGCCAAAUGUGUCCACCAUGACCAAUGAGAAGAUCACCAGGUUGUAUGAGAUGGGCUCCGAGCCGGAGAGGAGGCUGUGGGUUGGCCGCUAUCUUUCCUACAUGGAAGAGAGAGGGACACCGGUCUCAAACCUGCCGGCAGUCGGGAAGAAGCCACUGGACCUGUGCCGGCUCUACCUGGCUGUUCGAGAGAUUGGAGGACUGGCCAUGGUGAACAAGAACAAGAAAUGGCGAGAACUGUCGUCCCUGCUGAAUGUUGGGACGUCAAGCAGCGCGGCCAGCUCUCUGAAGAAGCAGUACAUCCAGUACCUGUUCGCCUACGAGUGCAAGGUGGAGCGAGGGGAGGAGCCUCCGCCUGAGGUUGCCAGAGACGCCAAGAAGCCCACAUCCCUGCAGGCCAAGGUUCAGCCGCCUUCUCCAGCCAAUUCAGGCUCCUUUCAGGGCCCCAGCAGCAGCUCUCUCACCGAAGCACCUGUAGACCUGAAGCCCCCGACCCCUUCUUCCACCCCGCAUAACCAGACGGCUCCCCAGGCUGGAAACAGAACCAUGGGAGGCAUGAGUGUCCAGGACCCAUUUUCCGAAGGCAGCGAUCCACCCUUUCACAACAAACGAGGCCCAGGGCCCGGUGGUGGCCCCUACCAGCAGGGAGCGGGUCCAACAGAACCUACAAUGCGGAUGCAAUAUGAUGCCAGCAAAGACCCGUAUGGAGGUUCGAGGAAAGGUCCAGUUCCUGGCGAGGCCUUCGGUCAGAGUCAGAUGUCCAGUGGUGCAACCCAGGAAAUGUACCCCCGUGGACCAUCCUCUGGACCCCUAUCAGGGAUGGGACCCCGACCGCAGUACCCUUACAGCUUUGGCUAUGAUCGGAGAUUGGAUCAUGUGAUGGGUCCAGAGGGAGGCAUGGUGCCUCCUGGAGGUCAGAACAGCAUGGUCCCAUCUGCGAAUGAAGCCAGCAUGUAUGCCCCGAACAGAUACCCCAACCAAAGGCAUGGACACGAUGGUUUUGGUCAGCAGUACCCUCACAGCGUGGCCUACAGUUCGCAUCAGCCCCUUUACCCUCAGCAGCAGGCCUACAAGCGUCCGAUGGAGGGGAUGUUCCCGGCUGCUAAGCGUCAUGAGGGCGAGGCCUUUGGCGUGCAGCAGUACAGCUCUCAGCAAACAGACCCUUAUGGCCCGUAUGGAUCAGGAGCCGGGGGCUACAUGGGCCCUGAACGUCGACCCGUCCCUGGACAGUAUCAAUAUCCGUACAGCAGGGACCGGCAGGUUCCCCCACAGCAUGGAAUGAUGGGUUCAGGCCCUACAGCAGUUCCUGGGGGCCUGGGAGAGGGGCCUCAGCCCAACCUGUGGCCCCCAAGGACAGAUAUGGGCUACACAUACAAUCGGCAGGGCCAGGGGCCCCUCUUUCCUGGCAUAAACAGAGGGGACAACCAGGAGGGCAGGCCCUCCCAGGACACCCAGUGGCCCCCCAGUCAGCUUAACCCACGCCAGCCUCCCUUCCCCCCCCAUUCUUCUUCUUCUUCUUCCUCCAUGCCCCCCAUCCAUUCCAGGCAGACCCCCUCCUCCUUCCAAACCACGCCCACCAUACCCAAUCACGUGACUCGCUCUCAAAGCCCCUUGUCGUUCCCCCGCCCCCCAGUGGGCUCUCUGUCCCCCAACAGUUCUCCCUACAUGUCCUCCAUUAAGAAACCAGGGGUGACAGGGGCCCCAACUGGGCCCCCAGCCACUCAGGGCCUCUCCCUCAUGCACAGAGAGGUUAGCUUUCCCCCCGGCUCUGUGGAGGCCACACACCCCAGACUAAAACCACGGCGACGACUCACAUCCAAGGACACAGGAACCCCGGAGGCGUGGCGAGUGAUGAUGUCACUGAAGUCGGGCCUGUUGGCAGAGAGCACGUGGGCUCUGGACACCAUCAACAUCCUGCUGUAUGAUGACAGCACGGUGGGCUCCUUCAGCCUGACGCAGCUGCCGGGAUUCCUUGAGCUCGUAGUGGAGUUUUAUCGCCGCUGCCUCAUCCAGAUGUUUGGCAUCCUGCAGGAGUGCGAGGUGGGGAAUGAGGGCCAGAACACCCUGCUGGGGCCCCUCGUUGAAGAGCUGAAGGAGGCGCCAUCACUGCUUGUCUCAUCUGAGGAGGACUUGGAGCACAUCAGACCCGUCCCACAGGAGCAGGUAGAGUCCCACCCUCAACAUAGCAGCAAGUACGACAAGCGGCCUGUAAGGGUGGAGGAGACGGGGGAGUGCUGGGAGGAGGUGGAGGAGCGUUGGGCCAAACUGAACCAACCCAAUGGCUUCAUCAGCGGCCUCUUGCACUGGAAGGCGGGAGGAGGAGACUCCACGACUCACAUCCAGACGCACUUCGAGUCCCAUACCGGAGACUUCAAGCCCCCAGAUCCAGUGGAGGAGAAAGAUCUGAGUGGAGGAGAGGGAGGGCGUCCACUGGAGGAGGAGCAGCCUGAUAAGCAAGGAGGCUCGCCAUCUGAGGUCAGAGGUCAGCACCCUGCUCCAGCUGAACCUCAGAGUCCCAUCAGCCUCCUGGAGGACGAGGCGCGCUGCUGGGACGAGGCCCCGCUGUCCACGGCCGAAUCCUGGCAGGACUCUCUGGCCAAACGCUGCAUCUGCAUCUCCAACAUCAUCCGCAACCUCUCCUUUCUCCCCGGCAACGACGCCGUCCUGUCACGGCACCCCGGCCUGGUUCUGAUCCUGGGCCGGCUGGUGCUGCUGCACCACCAUCACCCCCGAAGGAAACGGGCGCCCUCCACGUACCAGCUGGAGGAGGAGCAGGGCCUGGCCUGCAGCCGAGACGAGUGGUGGUGGGACUGCCUGGCGGCGCUGCGGGAGAACACGCUGGUGACGUUGGCCAACGUCUCGGGCCAGCUGGACCUGUCCCAGUACCCUGAGAACAUCAUCCUGCCCAUCCUGGACGGGCUGCAGCACUGGGUGGUGUGUCCGUCCGCAGAAGCCCAGGACCCGUUCUCCUCAGCAGGCGGCUCCUCGUCGCUCUCGCCUCAGAGGCUCGUCCUGGAGUGUCUGUGCAAGCUGAGCAUCCAGGACUGCAACGUGGACCUGCUGCUUGCCACGCCGCCCUUCAGCCGCCAGCAGAAGCUCUUCUCCACGCUGGUGCGCCUGGUGGGCGAGAGGAGGAGCCAGGUGUGCCGGGAGAUGGCGGUGGCCGUGCUGUCCAACCUGGCACAGGGCGACGCCACGGCGGCGAGGGCCGUCGCCCUGCAGAAGGGCAGCGUGGGAACUCUGAUCGGCUUCCUGGAGGACAGCCUGGCCAUGGCUCAGUACCAACAGAACCCACAAAGCCUGGUGCACAGUGCCACGGCGCCCCCAGAGCCACCCAGUAUCAACAUGAUGUGCCGUGCGGCCAAGGCACUUCUGGCCGUGGCGAGCGUGGAGGAGAACCGUGCGGAGUUUGUUCUGUACGAGAGCCGGCUGCUGGACAUCUCGCUGUCGUCAGCCCUCAACUCGUCGGUGGCGGCCAUCAUGUGUGAAGUACUGUUUAAACUCAGCCGCUCGUGACACACAGAACGCCACGGAGCGUGCUCGGUGGCGCCGACAGCGGCGCCACUUGUGUAACUGGGUCUGAUUCUAUUUUUUAUUUAAAGAGCAGAAAACAGAAGUUUUUAAGUACAUAUGAGAAUAUAUAGAAUAUAUAAAGCUCCUCAGCUCCAUCCACAGAUGUUUAUUUGGAGUUUUUAAGUAAUUUUAAUACAAAAAAUAUUUAAUACUUUAACAUUUUUUUAAAUUGUUUUGUCAGUUUUGUGUUUUGUUUGAACCAAUGUGAGACGGUGGGAAGUCGCGGUUCCGGUUCUUUUCUUAAACAGAUGUGCUCGUUUCUUUCCGUUUGCAGGGCUGCUCUGUGGGGGCGGGGUUUGGUAGAUGUGGGCGGGGUCAGAGGUUGUAGAUAAACUUCCUUUUUUAGUGUUACAACAGAGGAAACACUGAUGUUCAGUUGUGUUCUUUGUUCUGGUGCAAUAAGUUUGUUUUGGCCGUUUUUAAAUGUGAAUUUUUUGAACCAUCUGCAGUUUGACCCCCAGUGUUUGACCUUCGCUUCACCGCCGUAGAACGAGGUGAAGCGGGCCGGGCUGCAUCCCAUUCUGUUUCUAAGGACCUUUUAUGUCUGCUCCACCUUUUAAAUCCAAAUCUCUCUCCACCAACAUCCUCCUGUAAAUAAACAAUGGACGUUUUAGCUCCAGCAGAUGGCGCCAGUGAGGAAGGGUGCACUUGAUUUGACGGACAGCGUGUACAGGCUGUGGGGGCGGGGUUUUUACCGACGCCACUUCAGAAAUGAUUGUAAACAAAUGUAAAGAGAGAAAAAUGACUUCUUCACUAUGAGAUCUUUAUAUGUUCCACAACGUGUUAAAGAAUAAAUGUACAUGAACUCUGGUUGAGCACUGUGAA